UGAAGCGAGACCGCACAGGUGUUCUCUCUUAAUUGAUAUUUCAACAUCAGCAAGCGCAAGUCUUUAUCUUGAAACUCGAGCGUCAAGGAGAGUAGAGCUAAAGAGAUGUUUACAAUGAGACGAAGUUUUCGUCGAAUCAACCGGCGAAAGUUUGUUGUACGAGUAUUGGUAUUGAUUAUCGCGAGCACGUUUUUCAUAGGAAAUUUUAUUCAAUAUGGACGCACACGACAACAACAACACAUGCAACCUCAGAGAGAGAGUAAGACAGAAAAAUGCGACUGUAAGAUCGGAAACCAAACUAAACAUCUCCCUUCCAGCAUUGAAGUCCCUGUUGAAAAGGCUGACCAUCGCUAUCCCAGCAGUGCGUUUCCUACUACAAAGGAAUCAAGAAACCUUGGUGACAUCAACGGUUCCGUGGUGAAUGAAAGCGAGCAUUUAUGGAGUCCUGACAAAGCUAGUCAUUCUCUUUGUCCCAGCAGUGAAUACAUGAGAAGUUCAGGGGUAAAUAAACUCGGGCGAUAUCCUUCUGCAAAAAAGCACAUGACGAUUGGUUUAACGACAAUAACCAGACCUAAUGGAGUAAACUAUCUUUCCGAAACGAUCCAAAGUUUAUUGGACAACAUGAAUGACGAAAACAGAAAGCAGACAUAUAUAGUUGUAUUUCUCGCAGACUUUGAUAAAGGAGCGAAGCAGGUUACCAUAAGCAACCUUUCAAAGCUCUUUCACAAAGAAGUGGAAGACGAUAUUUUGCAUGUAAUCGAAACAUCGCCAAAAUAUUACCCCCAGCUUACGAACCUAAAGAAGAAAUUUGGAGAUUCAAAGACCAGAAUCUACUGGCGUUCAAAACAAAACAUAGAUUUCGCAUUUCUUAUGUGUUAUUGCCACGAACUUUCUAACUUCUACCUUCACGUCGAAGAUGACGUCAAAGCAUCCCCGAGUGUAUUUCAUAAGCUGCAAGGAUUUAUUUCAUCUCAAAAAAAGGCUUGGCCAAUACUUGACAUCUCUUUCAUGGGUCAUACUGCAAAAGUUUAUCACUCAGAGGAUCUCAGGAGUAUAGCGUCUUAUUUCUAUCUUUUGUACGCUGAAAUGCCAGGCGAUUGGCUAAUAAGACAUUGGCGUAUAGUUAAAGUUCCUGACAAUGCACAAUUGAUUUUACCAGUGGCUUCUUUUUUUCAACACCAUGGUGUAAAGUCAUCUCUAAAAGAAAAGAGUUGGCCGGUUAACGCUACUUAUGAUAGAUAUUUUGAUGUACACGAUCAUAAAUAUUGGGGAAGAAACCCCUCUGCAAAAGUUUCCUCGUCGAUAAAACCCAAUAAAGGGAAACCUCAAGAUGCUUACGAAGGUGGCUCUGGAUACUUUUGGGGAAGAAACGUUAAGCGCGAUGACCAGGUGACUGUACAGUUCAAUUCUGUCGUUAAUGCAAGCAAAGUGUUUGUAGAUACUGGCUCAAAUCUAGCUAUGAAGGAUUUUCUGAGGUUUGGUGUCUUACAAGCAAGCUUCAGUGUCUCUGGUACAAGCUCGUCGUCAUGUGGAAAGUUUGACACAGUUGUCUCAUUUAGAGAUGGCAGAGCUCAAGCUACUUUCAACAAAAAGAUUGAUUGUUUACGAAUUUUGGUUACCAAUGAUCAAAAUGAGUGGCUGUUUCUGAGGGAAAUAGACGUUUGGGAAGCGAAAUGAUAAGCAAAUAUACAAUUUGAAAAGUUAGAAAUGGAGCGUAGCUAAAGACCAAGCAACCACUCCUCACGUGAUCGAUGAUGUGAGGAGUGGUCGCUUAGUCUCCCAAAUUCGAGGCUUGUCGACGGAAGGCAACUUUGACGAAAAUGGAUGUUUAAUCGACUUUUGUGUCUUGGGAAGUUUUUCGAAGAACCACUCAGAAAGUAAUAGAAAUGCUACGUACGUCUUCAUUAAUGAGUAAGACUUCAAAGAUGAUCGAAUUCAUACAAGGUUGUAACCUUGUAAAAGUUAGGAAAUGGAGCGUGUAAGGUAGAGCGUUAGGUUGUAACUUUUUUGGAUUUUUAAAGAAAUAUUUUACGAAGGCAGACAUAUUUCAGAUUAAAGACAGGUUUUAUAUGGCCGUGUUUAGAUAAGGCCAAAAGAACAUAAAAAAACUCCUAUUUUUCAGUUGAUUUUGGAAAGUUUCUGCUUGUAGACUGAAAUUCGUAUUUGUAAAUUUUCGAUUAAAACACUUUCGCCAUAUUUGAACUCUAUGCUUAUACCGAUGACUAGUUAUAGCCCCAUCGAAUCAAUCAGCAAGUAACAACAUUUCUCGUACGGUUAACAUUCUGUAGCUCGUGCCCUCAUCUCCUGUUCCAGGCAACGCAAUUUGCACUCUCUAGUUACGCCUUAUUUCUGGCCACAACUUGUCGGCGGAAUCUCUGUUAGGUGAUGAGCUUGGGUUAAAUAAGUAAUCCACACCUUAGAGAAAGAUGUUGUCGUCUUGUCACGAGCUUGGGAAAAAGAAAAGAUUCUGAGUCCCCAUGAGAAAUCGAACCCCGGACCUUCGGGUUCUGCGCUCCGAUGCUCUACCAAUGAGCCCCAGAGACUCCAUGGUGAGCAAGGUCUAUUACGAAGUUCAUAUGACACGUGUCUGGCAUACUACU